AGUAAAUAUUUUGUAGCUAGAUGAGUACUUACCUUGUGGGAAGUUUGUGUGUAGUUUUCCUUGAUUUUUAGUGCAGAGUCAAAGAAAGGACUCGACUUUGAAUGAUAAAUAUGCUGCCAAUUUGAUUCAUGGUGGUACCAUAUUAGUGCUAAAGAAAAGGACAUGUGAGUUGGGCCAAUAUUUCAAAGUUUAACCAGUGACCACAACUUUCUAAUGUUUCACAACUAAAGGAGAUGUCUAUUCCAAGACUGACCUCACCAUUGAAAUUCCACUGUGCAGCCUCCUUUCAAUCCUUAACGUUCGUUCUAGUAACAACAUUCCCACUUUUAUUAUCACUUCUGGUACUGGUAGGGCCAAUUCUAACGCGGUACUCAUACCAAUCUAAAUUAUGCAUGAAUCUUCGAUAUGUAUGGUUCUUCCACGAAAAAAUUAAGGUCCACCUCUCUCUAUUUCUAUAUCUAUAUAUGGGAACCCUUGCAAUGUAAAAUCUCAAAAAAGUUGUAUUACACCUAUUAGACAUGAAAACUUUUUACAGUACCUUCCUUUACAUUCUACUAGUGCUUCUUCUUUUUUCACUUCCAUUGACAAUCACAUCAGCAGCAAAAACUGAAGCUCAAGCUCUUGUCAAAUGGAAGAUGAACUUACCUUCUGCUUCUUUCUUGGAUUCAUGGUCCAUUUCCAAUCACGGAAACUUGUGCAAUUGGACGUCUAUUGUCUGCAAUGCUGGUGGAACAAUUUCAGAGAUCAAUCUUUCUGAUGCAGGUCUCUCAGGCACACUUCAUCAGCUUGAUUUCACUUCAUUUCCGAGUCUCACAAGUUUUUCUCUCAAUGGAAACAACUUCAGUGGAUCGAUACCAUCAAAUAUUGGCAAUGCUUCUAUGCUCACUUUCUUGGACCUGAGCAACAAUAUCUUGGCGGAUGUCAUACCAGAAGAGAUUGGGAAGUUAACACAACUUGAAUAUCUUAGUUUCUAUAAAAACUUUAUCUUUGGUGUUAUUCCCUACCAAAUAAGCAAUCUUCAGAAGGUAUGGCGCUUGGAUCUUGGAUUGAAUUUCUUAGAAACUCCUGAGUGGUCAAAAUUGAGGAAUAUGCCUAUGUUGACAUAUUUGAGCUUUGGUUACAAUGAACUUCAAUUAGAAUUCCCUGAAUUUGUACUGCGUUGCCAUAAUCUGACUUACCUCGAUUUGUCAUUUAACCAUUUGAAUGGUUCAGUCCCAGAAACACUAUUCACCAACUUGGACAAGCUUGAACAACUCAAUCUUUCAUAUAAUUCAUUUCAAGGUUCAUUGUCACCAAAUGUUACCAAGUUGACCAAGUUAAAAGAACUUCAGCUUGGUUUCAACAUGUUUUCUGGCAUAAUUCCUGAUGAAAUUGGUCUGAUCAGUAGUCUUGAAGUUGUCGUACUUUCCAAUAAUUCACUUCAAGGAAAGAUUCCAUCUUCUAUAGGUAGACUUAGAAAUCUACGACAACUUGAUCUUCGAAAUAAUGGUUUGAAUUCAAUCAUUCCUUCUGAGCUAGGCCUUUGUACUAACCUCACUCACUUGGCUCUAGCAGAGAAUGCCCUGCAAGGACCAUUGCCUACAUCCUUGUCCGCGGUGACCAAGUUAAUUUCCUUGCGCUUGUCUGAUAAUUUUCUUUCUGGUGAGGUUCAAUCAUAUCUCAUUACCAAUUGGACUGAGCUGACAUCUUUGCUUCUUCACAACAAUUCAUUUUCAGGGAAAAUUCCACCUGAAAUCAGCCAGUUGAAAAACCUCAUAUAUCUUUACCUCUUUCGUAACAAUUUCACAGGUUCCAUUCCCUAUCAGAUUGGUAAGUUGCAAAACUUGCUGGAGCUAGAUGUCUCUGACAACCAGCUUUCAGGCACAAUACCUCCAACCAUUGGAAACCUGACCAAUCUAAAGAUGUUGCUUCUUUUUCGGAACAACAUCAGUGGAACCAUUCCUUCUGAGAUUGGCAAAUUGACAUCUCUUCAAACCCUUGACCUCAACACCAACCGGCUUAGUGGUGAGCUGCCUGAAAGCAUUUCUAAUCUCCGCAGUCUGGGUAAUAUCAGUCUUUCUGAGAUUCUUCCAACAAGUUUUGAUAUUGGAUGUUCACUUAGAACCUUCAACCUUCAUGGAAAUGAACUACAAGGGAAAAUCCCUCGAUCUUUAGCCAAUUGUAAAGAGUUGCUUGUUCUUGAUUUAAGUGAUAAUCACCUCAAUGAUACAUUCCCCGUGUGGUUGGGAACUCUAUCGAUGUUGCAGGUUUUAAGUCUGAGAUCAAAUAAAUUUCAUGGACCCAUUAGAACUUCAAGGAUUGGAAACAUGUUUCCUGCUCUUCAAAUAUUAGAUCUCUCUCAGAACGCCUUCACAGGAAACUUGCCGACAAGUCUAUUUCAACAUUUGAAAGCCAUGAAGACAACUAAUCAAACAAGGAAAGAUCCAUUUACAGGAGGAAACUAUUACCAAGACUCGGUAGUUGUUGUAACGAAGGGACGCAAGUUUGAAGUUGUGAAAAUCUUGUAUUUAUACACAAGUGUGGAUCUUUCAACUAACAAAUUUGAAGGACUUAUUCCAAGUAUUAUGGGAGAUCUCAUUGCACUUCGGGUGUUGAAUUUGUCUAACAAUGGAUUACAAGGUCAUAUACCGCCAUCACUUGGAAAUUUAGCGGUAGUAGAAUCAUUUGACCUUUCAUUCAACCACCUUUCUGGAGAGAUACCGGAACAACUUGCUUCGAUAACAACUCUUGCAGUGUUAAAUCUCUCCUACAAUCAUCUUGAAGGAUGCAUUCCUCGAGGACCUCAGUUUAAUACAUUUCAGAAAAAUUCAUAUGAAGGUAAUGAUGGAUUGCAUGGAUUGCCAGUUUCAAAAGGUUGUGGUAAUGAUCAGGUAUCAGAAACAAAUUAUACCAUAUCUGCACCAGACGAACAAGAAAGCAAUUCGGAGUUUCUGAAUGAUUUUUGGAAAGCUGCUCUUAUGGGCUAUGGAAGUGGAAUAUGUAUUGGAUUAUCCAUAAUAUAUUUCAUGAUCUCAACUCGAACUCCAAAAUGGCUAGCAAGAAUCAUGGAAGAGUUGGAACACAAACUUAUUAUGCGGAUUAGAAAGAAGCAACGAGGUAAAAGGCAUUACAGAAGAAGAAAAAUAAUCGCUUCUAGACAAGUUACCAACUGAGUAGGAUUUGAUUACAGAACUUCGGGUAUUCAAGUUAAGGUCUAUGCUGAUUUUUAGUUCAUAAUAGCUAUAUGUAUUGAUAUAUAUAUAUAACUUUCGUUACAAAAACAGCUAAUCGAUACUUCAUACUGAGUAUACUUUCUUUCCAAUAAUUUCAGUAUGUAGAUUAUAUUGAAAAGAGCUAGUCUUAGUUGAUGAUUUAAGCUAUAAAUAUAUAACUAUAAACAUGUACGGAGGAGGAAUCAUGUAGAUAAAACUGGAUACUAUUAGAGA